UUAUUUCGUAUCAACCCUGAAGAUAACUACAUGGGGGGUUUUGUUCAGACUAAGCAAUUCCUGACCUUAUUGAUCUAUAAAUCCAACCCUCCCUCGUUCAGUUCUCAUCAUCUCCACCACCACUAGGCACUAAUCGCACCAACCCAAAAGCAUCAAGGUUGUCCCUUUUGAGAAUUUAUUCCCUUCUUUCAUCUCUGCAUCAUUUUCUUGCUUAGCAAAAAAAUGGCUGUGACUACCAUCAGCAAUGAGUUCAGUUGCCCAAUCCCUCCUGCUAGGCUUUUCAAGGCUGCAAUCCUUGAUGCACACAACCUACUCCCCAAGAUCGUUCCUGACAAGAUCAAAUCCAUUGAAAUUCAAGGAGAUGGUGGGGCUGGAUCCAUCAAACAGAUCAACUUGGCUGAUGAUGGCCCUUUUGACUUCAUCAAGCAUCGGAUCAAUGAAGUUGAUGAACAAAAUUUUAAGUGCAAGUUUACUCUGAUCGAAGGUGCUGUAAUAGGGGAAAAGAUUGAAAAGGUUGUUGAUACAGUUCAGUUCGUGGCCUCUGCAGAUGGGGGAUCAAUCAUUAAGACUACUUCUGAGUUUUACACUAUUGGUGACUACACAAUGGGUGAAGAUGAAAUCCAGAUGGGCAAAGACAUGGCCGUCGGAACUUUCAAGAUGGUGGAAGGUUACCUCUUGCAGAACCCAGAUGCCUAUGCUUAAGGAGUCUCUUUCAUUACUCUAUUAAAUCAAUAGAGCUAUUAGUGGCUCAAUAUCAAGAAGUCAUCCAUUGUGUUUGUGCCUUUUUCUUUUUUGAUUGUGCUUAAUAAAGGGAGACCUUUUAGAAAUGUUUUGUUACACAAGAAGAUAAUAAAAAUCUAUUAAUUUCAUGAUAAUAAAUUUUUGAAUUUUCUUCUUUUAA